UCUUGCUGAAAUAUUUUUAUUAAUCUUUUUAAAGCACUGCAGAAGCUGUGCUUCAGAAGAUGGAUGACAUGAAAAAGAUGCGCAGACAGCGAAUGAAAAAGCUUGAAGACUUGGGAGUAUUUAACGAGGCGGGAGAGAGCAACCUUAAUAUGUACACGAGAGGGCAACAAAAGGCCGUGCAGCCAGCCGAUGAAGAGACAACUGACAACCCAGACGGCAGCGUGGAAUCAUCUGAAGAGGGAGAGGAGCAGGAGGAUGACGAUGGUGAAGAUGAAGAAGAUGAUGAAGAUGAAGAAGAUGAUGAAGAUGAAGACGGAGAGGAAGACAAUCCAAAGCGAUACUACCUCAGGCAGAGGAAGGCCACUGUGUACUACCAGGCUCCACUCGAGAGUGAGUGAGUGAGUGAGUGAGUGAGUGAGUGAGUGAGUG